UGGGGAGGAAGUAGGUGAGCGGCUGUGUGGUACUUAGUUACUGGCUGGGGUUAAACCACAACGCUAUUCUUUUUGCUCUCCAGCUCUCUUUUUUUCUGGCUCUGUGUCCCUAUUUCUUAAUUUUUCCCUCUCUGCCCUGUAGCGUGUAGCUAUGCGGUUUGGUUUGUGUUGUUCCACCCCGCCGCCGCCGCCCCCGCCCCAGCCCUUCCCUCCACCGUUUGCUGUCCGGGCUCCCUGACUCUGUUGUUUCAUUCUUCCCUCUCUGCCCUGUUCUUUGACACUUUUUUGUCUCUCUCCAUCUCUGUCCAACUCCCUGCCCCUGUUCUGCUUUCCUCCCUCUCUGUCAUGCUGCCCGUCCCAGGUUUUUCCUGCAUCUCCAUCCUGCUUCCCCGCCGCCCUUCUCGGUCGGUCUCCGUGCCGCUCCCCCUCCCGCUUCGUGCUGCCUCUUUUCCUCUCUCCCUGCUGCUUCUUUCUCCAUCCCCGUCGGCCUCCCUGUCCCCGUCCUUCUCUCUGGGACCCGCUCCCUGCUUUCUCGCUACACCCCCGCUGUCCAGCCAGCUGCCGCUUUUCUCCUCUCUUCUAGUGUCCUGCUCCUCGUUUUUGGCAGCCUUCGCCUCUGCCCGGCAGCCCAUCGCUCCGGGAGCCAGCCGGCCGACCGUGCGUUCCCCGACGGACCGACGAGCGUGGCUCUGGGACCGACUGCCGAGGUAUCCCAGGGGCAGGGGGAGCGUCGGGGGGGCCCCGAGCCCCGGAGCAGACUCGCUGGCAGGACUCGUUAGAGGCCACGCUGUGGGUGCGGUUGUCCGUUCGUCCCCUGGGGAUGCCGUUGACUGCAGCAGCCUCAGGCUUGCGUGGGCUGUCUCUGCCUGGCCUCCCUCUCCUCGCGGCGCGGGAGCGCAGAGGGACAGGCGGAGCGCUUACUGGCUGUGGGCAGGAGCUGCAGAAGCUGGAGAGGCCACAGAAAGGUGGAGGAUGGCCAAGCGACUGGAGUUCCAGAAGAGGAAGGGAGGAGAGAAGGAGAAAGAAACGUCUGAACUGGGAAAGGCUUCUGGCAGUGCCGAGAGCAAGAGCUGUGGUGGAUGUCAGCUGCCACCAUUUCACUGUGGUUGCCCUUUCUUCUGCCGUGAAAGUACAAGACAGAUGGAAAGAUUCCGUAGUGGUCUGCAAGUACAAGGUUUUCCCAGGAAGCAUCAGCAGCCUUGUAACUAGUGACAGUGAGUCCUGAGGUGGUUUUGGUGAGUUACUGCUUCAAUAAUGUAUUUUUAUUGGAUGUAUAUAAACAUGGGCACACCCUUUUAGUGUAAAGUGAAUUAUUGAGAUUUAUUCUUUAUUUUUCAUUUUGCUUUUUGAAGUUUUCCACUUCACUUUCAGCUUUAUUCACCAAACAAGCAAGAUGCAAAGCAGCAGCGCAAGGGCUGUAGCUGUUGCGGUGGAUCCGUAAGCGUAGAUUCUGAUUGCGUAUGACCUCGUCCCGCAGCCUCCCAGGGUUAUCUCCCUGCAGCAGUGCUGUAAGGAAGGGAGGAGAUGUUUUCCAACACCGGCAAGAGUGUUCACUUGUAUGCUAAGAAGGUGUUCAAAAUGGUAUCAAUUAGCCUAAAUGCUGAUUUUAAGCGUUCAAAUCGCUCUUAACUUUUAAAGGAGGUGGUGUAUUUCGAGCUGACCUGUUUACCUGGAAUCCUCCUUUAGCUCAGCGAUUCUUCUUGUGCACCCCCAGCCUCCGUUGGCAGGGCGGUAUGACAAGCUGGAAGGUCCUUGACUUAGUAUAAACACUGCUUAGCAACAACUAAAGCGUCGGUGUGUUGUCAACAUUGUUCUCAUCCUAAAUCCAAAAUGGCCCUGUACCAGCUACUCAGAAGAAAAUUAACUUUAUUCCAGCCGAAACCAGGACAACCCCAAACCCCCUGAUUCUGGGUCUGCAACGGAAAAAAACUAACGAAUUUGGGACUCCUGGGAAAGCCAAAUCCGCCUGGA